CUUCCUAAGUCGUAUUCAACAAAUUCUUACAAAGACGUUUGUUUCUUGCAUUUUUACUUUUCCAUUGAAAUAACAGUAAUAAAAUCUUCCAUGGUGAAAUUUACUGUAAAUAAUUGGCUACAAUAAAAAUGAAUACAUUAAAAAAAGAUACUACACACAUUAUUGUUCUUUUCAUUAAUUCAAAAAAUUCUAAUGAUGAAGAAUCAAUAGAAUUAGUUCCGCGUUCAUGGUUAAAGUUCACGGAUAAAUGGCUAUGUUACUUCCCAGAAAAAAAAGAUUGGUCUAAGGUUGAUAAAUGGACAAAAAUAUCCAAGGAUCCAAAAGAAGAUUGGAAAUUAUGGGAAGUCAUAAUAUUAAAAGAAGCAAUUAAUUAUGAUCAAGGCAAACGUCGACUACAGAAAGCGUAUACACACUCAGUUCUAUCUAGUACUGCUGAGGAAACAAAUGUAAAUGAUAAUUCUGGCAUUGUAAUUCUUAAAGAGAAAGAUUGUUCAACUGCAUUAGAUAAUAUACCAUCAUAUGUUCCUGUUAUGCCUGCAUUAAAAGAGGGAAAUAGUAAAAUAACAUAUAAUAAUGAUGACUAUUUUGCACAAUUAAUGGACCGAUUUGAGCGUUUUGAAUUAACAAUAAAACAAGAAAUUGAAAGUGUAAAAAGAAGCAUCUUGUACGAUCUGCAUAAAAACAUUAAUGAUAUAAAAAAUACAUUAGCACUUAAUGUUGGCCGUCCAUUGGGUACACUAAUAACGGAAUGUAAAAAGGACUUAGCAGUUUCUUUACCAUUUACUACUAUAGAACAAUUUAUACAAUUUAAUGAGUUAUUAUCAUUAAACGUCGAGAAAGAAAAAUCAUAUAAAAUCAUACUGUCAAACCAAAUAACAGGUAUUGAAAAUCUCACAAAAAGUAUUUCAACGAUUUUAACAGCCCUUCUUAGUAAAGAUAUUCAAUUACAAUAUACUGCUUGUGGACGUGAAUGCGGUGGACAGAAAAAGAGGAGUUUUUGCGAUACGCGAACUUUUGAAUGCAUAAGAGAUGUUCUCAUCGAAAAAUUUUCUGUAAGUGAAAAAGAAAUAAUAUCUAAAUUAAGUCGC